UUUAUACAACAAUAUUCAGUUUAUAAGGACGAAUUAACACUUUAUGUUGCUCCAAGUGCUAUUAUUCCAGUGAUGACCUUUCUUCGAGAUCAUACUGGAGCACAAUUUAAACAAGUUCAAGACGUUUGCGGCGUUGAUUACCCUUCACGCCCGAAUCGAUUUGAAAUUGUGUACAAUAUGUUAAGCAUUCGUUACAAUGCUCGGAUUCGUGUGAAGACAUAUGCUAAUGAAGUAUCACCUAUACCUUCAAUUGUUUCGCUUUUUAAUGGAGCGAAUUGGUUUGAAAGAGAAGUUUAUGACAUGUAUGGUGUAAUUUUCACUGAUCAUCCGGAUUUGAGAAGAAUCUUAACAGAUUAUGGGUUCGAAGGACAUCCUAUGCGAAAAGAUUUCCCAUUAACCGGUUAUGUUGAAAUACGUUAUGAUGAAGAAAGGAAGCGUGUUGUCGCGGAGCCUUUAGAAAUGACACAGUCGUUUAGAAAUUUUGAGGGUGCAGCAUCUCCGUGGGAACAAACUGGUAGCCAUUUAUGGUCAAAGUUCGUUGCCGAUGGUGUCUUCUUUGCUGAGCUCAACGAAUUCUUUACUCGUGAAUUAGCCGAAGAAGGUUAUUCAGGCGUCGAAGUCCGUGUAACCCCAGCCCGUACAGAAAUUAUCAUCCGUGCGACUCAUACCCAAGAAGUCCUUGGUGAAAAGGGUCGUAGAAUUCGAGAGCUCACCGCCCUUAUCCAGAAACGAUUUAAAUUUCCAGAAAAUACAGUAGAAUUGUAUGCUGAGAAGGUACAAAAUCGUGGGCUCUGUGCUAUUGCUCAGUGCGAAUCUCUUCGAUACAAAUUGUUGGCAGGUCUUGCUGUACGAAGAGCCUGCUAUGGUGUUCUCCGCUUCAUCAUGGAAUCCGGUGCCAAGGGUUGUGAAGUGGUGGUUUCUGGAAAACUUCGAGCUGCCCGUGCAAAAUCAAUGAAAUUCGUUGAUGGGUUCAUGAUUCAUUCUGGCCAGCCAAUUCGAGAUUAUGUUGAUACUGCUGUCCGGCAUGUAAUGUUGAGGCAAGGAGUGUUAGGUAUCAAGGUCAAAAUUAUGUUGGACUGGGAUCCUUCCGGUAAAAUUGGUCCUAAAAAGUCACUUCCCGAUGUGGUUAACAUCAUGGAACCUAAGGAAGAACCGCUCAUAACGCAGCCGUCUUCUGAAGAUUUUCAAAGACCACCUCAGGAUAUUCCUGUUGCACCAACUUCUCCAAUUCCGCAGCAGGAUAUUAGUGCGGAUUACACUACAACGGAAUAUCCAGAUUAUACCACUUAG